UUCACAUCACAUGGUUACCCGAUCCAACUCCUCCUUUAGUUCCAUCCUCAGAGUUUCUCAUUUACACAAUUCUUCCUCAGGAUUCCGAUUCGACUCGUCUGAAUCCCUUUCAAGCCUCCUCGAAAUCUCCAUCGGAAACCACUCGUUCAGCCUUACUCAGCAAUCCCACGCUAGGGCUCAUCGUUUGGGGCUCACGCAGCACGCACUCAUAGCGCAGAAGCUCAUCUCUGCGUCCUGUCAAUUCAAGCGCCCAAUUGAUGCGAAGCUCAUUUUCGACUCCCUCUUGGUUAAAAACUUAAUUGUUUGCAAUACGUUGCUGAGUGGAUAUGGAAACAACAGAGUCUUUUACGAAGCUUUCGCCCUUUUCAGGGAGAUGUGUAGAUCGUCCCUGUUGCCCUUACCGGAUGAUUUUACCUUUUCAGGAAUUUUUAAGGUUGUGGCGGAUUUCGGAGAGGUUUGGAUUGGCAGAAUGGUGCACGCUAGAGGUCUGCAAAAUGGCUAUUUGCAGGACGUUGUUGUCGGGAAUUCUCUGUUGUCAAUGUACGGACGGUUAGGAUUCUUCAAUGAUGCCUCCAAAGUGUUCGACGAAAUGCCUCUGAGAAAUGUGUCUUCAUGGAACGGAUUGAUUUCGUGCUACGCCAAGGUUUACGCUGAAUGCGACGAUCCUUCUUUGGAUGCUUACAGAUUUUGGGAGAUUGCGACGGAAAUGCAAAGUGCAGGGUUUAAAUUCAACGAGUUCACCAUCAUGACUCUCCUUUCGGUUUGUAAAAAAGAAUGCAGCCGCGGGAGGGAGCUGCAUUGUUAUAUAUUGAAGAACGUAUUGGAUUGGAAAUCCGACGUUCAAUUGGGGUGCAGUUUGAUCGAUAUGUAUUCAAAAACAGGAAAAGUUUGUGUAGGAAGAAGGGUCUUCGAUGCGAUGAACACUCGGAACGUUGGUGUCUGGACUGCGAUGAUCAACGGCUACGUGAGCGCCGAAAGGUUCAACGAAGGAUUAUUUCUUUUCCGCGAGAUGCAAUGCAGAGGCGGGACGAGAGCCAACGAGGUGUCUCUCGUCUCCAUCUUGCCUGCGUGCAGUUCAUCUUCUAAUUUGAUCGGAAUGAAGGAAAUUCACGGCUUCGCAAUCAGGAACGCGCUGAAUCGCAAACUCUCGCUGUGCAACGCCUUGAUCGAUACAUACGCCAAAUCCGGGAGCUUGAAGUAUGCCUCGCGAGUGUUUGACCACGAGUGCAUCAUUAGGGACAGGAUUUCUUGGAGUUCGAUUAUCUGCGGAUACAGUUUACACGGCCAUGGCAAGCGUGCAGUUUUCUUGUUCAACGAGAUGGUCAAGACCGGGAUUGAUCCUGACCAGGCAGUCGUGGUCGGGGUUCUUUCUGCGUGCAGUCGGUCAGGAUUGGAAAACGAAGGACUCCAAUUAUAUGACGCCGUCGUGAACCAUUACAAGAUAAAUCCGACGGUCGAGAUGUGUGCUUGUGUGGUGGAUAUGCUUGGGCGAUUAGGGCAGCUCGACCGGGCUUUAGGGUUUGUCCAAAGCAUGCAAGUUGAGCCGGGGGCUAGCAUCUGGGGUGCGUUAUUGUGCGCCGCAGUGCAGCAUGGGGAUUCAAGAAUUCAGGAGUUGGCGUACGCCUCCCUAAUCGCGAUAGAACCGGAGAAUUCAUCGAAUUAUAUCUCGGUUUCCAAUUUACUCGCAGCUUCGAAGAGGUGGGACGAGAUGGCGCGAGUUAGGAUGGUUAUGAAAGAAAAGGGGUUGAGGACGAGGCCGGGAUGCAGCUGGAUCAGCAUAAACGGUGCGACGCAUAGCUUUUUUGUCGGCGACAAGUCGCACCCUUGUUCGGACAUGAUUUACGCUGUGAUCGACGAAUUGAUGCAUACGAUGAAGGCUUCGCGUAGCGAUCCUGAGUUCGUAUAAGUUUGAGUGUUUUACAUAGAGAUCGCCAGACCCCAGUGAGCACCUGUUGGUAGUUGAUACGGUAUGUUAUGUGUUGAGAUCAAUGAUAGUAAGAGGCACGUGGAUUAUUGUCAUAUAUUGUCGGUUCAUUCGUUGUAUUUAUUGGCAUAGUAUUAGUUAAAUUAUAUGCAAUAGAUACAUGACAUAUCUAGGUGUUAUUCAA